AUGUUUCUUCUUAGGCAAAAUAUAGCUCAGCAGCAAUCUCAUCGAGAUGUUGCUCCAAGGAUCCGAACAACAUGGCCCACUAAAACCAGCACAUCUGAUAAUGUUAAAUGGCAAAAAAGAUACAAAGGCAGCCGUGAAGAAAACCUGUCCUCAGCAGAUCGCCUCCGCAAACAUGCCACUGUGCACUUUGGCUUCAUCACCCUCAGUCUGUCUAUGAGGGGGCUGGAAAAAGCUCCAGCUGAUCUGUGGGAGCUUCAUGAGCUGGGCAAGCUCAACUUGUCGCUAAACUAUUUAUACUCUCUACCCUCCACCCUGGGAAAUCUAAAGAACCUUGUGUUGCUUAACAUAUGGGGGAAUGAAUUGGAGAGUCUUCCACCUGAAAUUGGGCUCCUCCAGAACUUAAAGGUACUGUUUGCAUAUUGCAACCAUCUAACUGAGGUGCCUGAAGAGCUCGGUUAUUGUACCAAACUUGAGGUUCUUAGCCUUGCCAAUAACAAGCUGACAGGGCUCCCUGGCAGCCUGGUCUCAAUGCACAAGCUGACCAAGCUAAACCUGAGCCACAACUGUAUAUCACAUAUUCCCACUUGCAUCUAUGCCAUGAAGGGGCUUGUGUUCCUGCAUAUGGCCUACAAUGUCCUCAAGAACAUUGCCAACCAGAUCCAAGAACUAGCCAACCUCAGAAUUCUGAUCGUUGAAGGAAACAACAUUCACACUCUACCCCAGACUUUGUGCCAUUUGACUGACCUUGAGCUUCUCAAUGUGGAUUUCAAUGAUCUUCAGAGCAUUCCAGUAGAAUUGUACAUGCUUAAAAACCUGAAAAGGUUGGCAUGUCAUCCACUCGAUAAAGGGCUACAUAUAGUUAAUAAUCCACUAUUGAAACCGCUACAGGAAGUGCUACAGGGAGGACUGAACGCUUUGUAUGGCUACCUCAAAUGUGUCUGA